AAAGCGUUGACAUCACUAACUGCGGAGAAAGCAAGAUUUACACAUAUAUACUGCUGAAAUAAAGAAAGAUAUAUUCGUUAUUUUUUGAAGGUACUAUCAGUCAAAACUUAUUAGAUCGGUUUUGUACUUGCAACAAAAACACUCCUUUUUUUAAAGGAAAUAAAUUAAACUUCAGUUUUACAAACUUUUUCUUUUUCAGACUGAACUUUUAUAUAGAUAAAGAUUUUAUUUGUUAUCGAAUAUAAAUAAUAUUAAACGGGGGCAGGCACAAUUCUGUAUUUCAAACUACUGAGAAAAUCGAAGCACAAUCUGCCUGAAUUUGUACCUAACAAAUCCAAUAAGAAUUUGCUCUACCCUGUUUAUUCUUCUUCUCAUUAUUUGAAUAACGACUUUUAAACUGCAAGAAUGGGAGUGACAGAUGUGCUGGAGAUCGGGAGCUGUGACUGCAUUCAGAUCCUAGCUACUGACCGGGAUGAGUUCAGCUCCAGCACCGGCUCCCUGGUUCUCGACUGCCGACCCUUCCUCUCCUAUUCCCGCGUCCACGUGAAGGGGUCCCGCAGUGUGAACUGGAACUCGAUGCUGCGGCGCCGGUCAAAGAGUUCGACUGUGAGCCUGGAAUGGCUCGUCCCGGACAGAGCGCUCCUGGCCCGGCUGAGAGGAGGGGAGCUGUCCUCUGUGGUGGUCCUGGACGAGGAGAGCCGAUCAGUCGCCGAUCUCAAAGCCGACAGCCUGGCCUGUAUGCUGCUGAACGCCUUGGCGAGCGAGGUCCAGCCCGAAAAAACACAAAUCUGCUUCUUACAAGGCGGUUUCGAAGGUUUUUUUUCGCUGUUUCCGGAGCUGUGUUUCCAGAGUCCGGGUCUGUGCCUCUCCCCCGCCCUCAGUGACUCCGAGCCCGGUCUCACCGGCAGGAACACACCGCUGUACGAUCAGGACGGUCCCGUGGAGAUCCUGCCCUUCCUCUUCCUCGGCAGCGCGCACCACUCCUCGCGCAGGGAGGCCCUGGAGGCACGCGGCAUCACUGCGGUCCUCAACGUCUCCUCCUCGUGCCCGAACCUGUUCGAGAGCGAGCUGCGCUACAAGAGCAUUCCGGUGGAGGACAGCCAGGCGGCGGACAUCAGCGCCUGGUUCCCCGCGGCCAUCGACUUCAUCGACUCCGUGAAGAACAGCGGCGGCCGUGUUCUGGUUCAUUGCCAAGCCGGUAUCUCCCGCUCAGCCACCAUCUGCCUAGCUUACCUCAUUUGGUCCCGGCGGGUCAGACUGGAAGAAGCCUUUGAUUUCGUCAAGGAGCGCCGCGGCGUUAUCUCUCCCAACCUCGGCUUCAUGGGACAGCUGCUGCAGUUUGAAACCGACGUGCUGUGUCACUGAGCCAGCCCGCGACGUGCGCAAUGGAACGCGAGCACGCACGCAGAGACCACACGCAACCCUGGAGCCCUCGGGAUUAGCAGAGACUCAAAGACCCUGUCAAAGAACAGCACAUCCCUCUGUUACUGUCCGUGCUGAGGAAACACGACUUGCUGAAUAACAAAAGACUUGAACAGAGACGACGCGGUUGAAAUGACAAGGCGGUGCGUCUCCUUGCACGAACUGAACUUCAACUGGCAGACCUGGACUUUACAAGACUUGGUGUACUAUGAUUUAGUUUAUUUAUAAAACGAAUAAUACUAUUUAUAUUCAAUAUGCAACUGGAAUAUGAGACUAAAAGACAUGUUUGUAAUCGCGGUAUGCAUGAACUUUUUCAAAACUGACAUUUUUAUGUUAAAUUGUGAUGCAAAAAAACAACCCAUGAUAAGCAAUGGUUACAUGGAUGCAACAUUUAACACACAAUACGAAUUCAUCAAAACUUCCUGGAAAAAAAAGCUUACAUUGUUUUAAAUAUGCCUUUAAAUGCAAAUUUUAAAAUGGCCUAUUUUUUAUUUAUUUUUUGGCCAUUGUCUGUUUGCCAAAUCUAUUGUUUACAGUGAGGGCGCAGUUUCCUUACACACUCCUCACGCAAUAUGCACUGUUUAUAAUAUAUAGAGCAAUACGUUCGGAUUACAGUUAGCACGCCUCAUUCCACUUGAAGACAGUGUAUUGGCACUUCUUGGACCAAUGGGAAAUAUCUCAGACCAAUGGCAUAGGCAAUAUAUGUGGCCUAGUCAUGUGAGCACACUGUUAAAAGCGUGUGUAGUCUUUCACACAAAGAGGGUUAUUUUUAAAGCUGGAAAUAAUCAAAAAAGCACAAUUGAGCAAAAUCGAGCCUAAAUGUAAGUGGCAAUACAAAAACAAGGACGAUUUAUAUAGUAUAAGUGAGUACUUCAAUUAUUUUUGCACUGCAAAACGUGACGUCACCGAGCCGAUGAGAGAACUGCCAUUUCAUCACAGACGGAACACUUUUUAAAGCUGCAUUUUUCAACACUGUGUUUCACGUGUUUACUUGAUAUUUUACGCGUGAGUUUGUAACUAUUGCAAUAAUUUCCGGUUGGUUAUGAAGCACUGCACUUUAUAUUUAUAACACAUUUCAAACAUGAUGUGAAUCUUUCUUUUUUAUACAAAUAAUAAAAAUAGAUUAUUUA